CCCAGUGCCACCGAUUGGUUACGCCCGCUUCGCUCACCGUCCGGUCUGCGCAUUUUUCAAUUUCGUGGAUUGGCCACGCGAUCACCGCCGACGAGGUCGAAAACCGCACAACCUACCUCGUGCCUUAUCCAUUUGGUAACGGCCGACAAUGUCAUCUGCAGCCAUGUCGAAAAAGAACAAAGGGAAGAAAGUGGCCGAUCCGAAUGAGACUUCCAAACUCCUUGCCGCAAAAAUCUCGCAGCUGGAGCAGGAUGCUGCUGGGGAGAAGGACCAAGAAGCGGAAAUUGAGCGUGAAGUUAAGAAAGCUACACGAGACCUGAACCAGCUCCUCAGCAAUAUCGAGUCUCCAAUGACCCGCCUUGAGACCGUACAUAAGAAGUACACCGAACUGUUGGCCGACAUGAAAAAGCUGGACCGCGACUAUUCCAAAAGCAAGAAGCGGGCCGAUCAACUACAGAAGGAUCAAGACAAGGGGAAAUCGGAACUGAACAAGACUGUGACCAUGAAGGAUAAACUGGAGAAGCUGUGCAGGGAGCUCACGAAAGAAAAUAAGAAGGUCAAGGAUGAGAACAAGAAGUUAGAGGAUACCGAAAAGAAGGCGCGGUUGAUCGUGAACGAGCGUCUUGAUUCCCUCCUCUAUGACAUUCAAGACGUGAUGGCUGCCAAGGGCAAUCCUCGGAGUGAGAAAGUUGACAUUGACCUGGACGAAGCACUACGUGUCAAGAUCAAGACCAUUGGCGAGAAAUUCGAAACGCGAGAAGUGCAUUACAAGUCACUCUUGCGCAGUAAGGACGCGGAGCUACAGAGCCUCACUGCUAAGUAUGAAGAGCAACGCCGUGCUGCCGAGAACGAGGCCGCCCGCUGCCGGGCUUUAAGUUCACAAGUUUCUACGUUUUCACAUACCGAGGCCGAGUUACGCAGCCAGCUCAACAUCUACGUGGAGAAGUUCAAGCAGGUGGAGGAUACGUUGAACAACAGCAACGAGUUAUUUCUGACUUUUCGCAAAGAAAUGGAAGAAAUGUCGAAAAAGACCAAACGCCUGGAAAAGGAAAAUCUCACCCUCACCCGUAAACACGAUCAGACGAACCGCAAUAUACUCGAGAUGGCCGAGGAACGCACCAGAAACCACGAAGAACUUGAGAAGUGGCGGAAGAAGAGUCAUCACCUCGAAGCACUUUGCCGCCGAAUGCAAGCUCAAGGUCGUGGACAAGGUCUUGCGGCCGAUCUAGACGGCGAUGACGAGGGGACAGAGAGUGAAUACGACGAAGACUACGAGGAUGAAGAAGAUGAUGAAGGCAUCAGUGAUGAUGAGUACGAAGACAGCACGGACCGGGACAUGAACGGAGACCGCAACAUACCACCACAGCAGCCUGAGAAGCCUGUGUUUGGACCGCCGCCACCACCGAACCUCUUGGAGGCCCGAGCCAACGGGAACAAGGCCGUGCUCAAUGGAUGUCACUGACGAUUGUCCUGUUCUCCCGCUUUUUGUCUGCUUUUUGUCGAGUAUGGUUUUCUUGGACCUAUUGCCGGCCUUGGAUGGUCAGGGUUCUCUCUGUCUAUGUUAGCAAUGUCCCAAUCUGGCUGAGUACUACUACUAAAUUUACAUUCGGCAAUUGGCCCUGUGAAGCUGGAUUGGCAUCUAAAGGAAGAUGCGGACUGGCAUGCUGUCUUGUGCUGUGCCGGGCUAUGUUCCGUGUCGCAUCUCUA